GGAGCAGCCAUGGCUGAUGAGAAACCAUCCAAAGGUGUUCGGGUCCACAUGGUGAAGUCGCUGGUCAUUACCGUUCUGGAUGGCAUUUUUGAUGACUUGGUGGAAAAUAAUGUGUUAAACACCGAAGAGUUACACACUCUAGGAAAGUGUGUGAAAAUCAUAGUGCACAACGCUGAAAACCUGGUUGAGGAUAUCACUGAGACAGCUCAAACUGCAGGCAAAAUGUGUAGGGACCACCUGUGCAAUCCCGAAAAACAGCUGAGUUUAGAUAUAUCCAGUGAUGGAGAAAGAGGGCCUGAACACGCCGCCCUCAUAAUCUGCAACAAAGAAUUCCACUAUCUUCAUAAUCGAAAUGGUUCUGAACUUGACCUUUUGGGGAUGCAAGAUCUACUUGAAAACCUUGGCUACUCAGUGGUUAUAGAAGAGAAUCUCACAGCUCAGGAAAUGGCAACAGCCUUAAGGCAGUUUGCUGCUCGUCCAGAGCACCAGUCCUCGGACAGCACAUUCCUGGUGUUGAUGUCACAUGGCAUCCUGAAUGGAAUCUGUGGAACUGAGCACUGGGAUCAAGAGCCAGAUGUUCUUCACGAUGACACCAUCUUCGAAAUUUUCAACAACCGUAACUGCUGGAGUCUGAGCGACAAACCCAAGGUCAUCAUCACGCAAGCCUGCCGAGGCAAUGGUGCUGGGAUUGUUUGGUUCACCACUGACAGCGGAAAAGCCAGUGCAGAUACACAUGGUCAGCUCUUGCAAAGUAACAUCUGCAAUGAUGCUGUCACAAAGGCUCAUGUGGAAAAGGACUUCAUUGCUUUCAAAUCUUCCACACCACAUAAUGUUUCUUGGAGACAUGAAAUAAGUGGCUCUGUCUUCAUUUCCCAAAUUAUCUACUACUUCAAAGAGUAUUCUUGGAGUCAUCAUCUAGAAGAAAUUUUUCGAAAGGUUCAACGUUCAUUUGAGACACCAAAUGUAGUGACCCAGUUGCCCACCAUUGAAAGACUAUCCAUGACACGAUAUUUCUAUCUCUUUCCUGGGAAUUAAAACUCAUAAAAAGCAACUCAGGAAAAUGAAGGCCUUAUGGUGUCUAUGAAUCUGCUAUAUGUAAAGGUCAAUUUUUGAUUAAGAAUAUUUUUGUAUCAAACUGCUCGCUGUCCACCUUUUGCAAAUACCAGG